AUGAUGGAAUCAGCCCCCGAUAGUACGAAGGAGACCCACUCUCCCGCCGCACAUCGAGUGAACUUUGCGGACAUGGAUUUCUCAGAGACGGUGGAUGUCGACGAUAUGCCGAACGUUGUGACGGCUGCAGUAAAAAGGGACGACGCUCUUGCACCUCACUUGGACCUGAUGGAGGAGGCCGCUCCGAACGGCGAAAGGAUAGAAACCGUUCCCGACGACGAGGAUAGCGACAACGACGAUAGUGAGUCUCAUGGCGGUACCGAGAGUCGAAUGAGUAGCGUUCGCUUGGAAUCGCAACAGAAGCGCCUGCGAAAAGAAACGGCAAAGAACUUGGCUUCCAAGGAGAACAAGGCAGUGUGGAUGCUCCGGAUUCUUGUCAUGGGAUUGCUGCUUGCUGUUACAGUGGUUGUCUUGGCCGGGGUCUACAUCUUUGCUAGUCAGUCGGAAGAGCAUGACUUUGAAGAUGGCUUUAACAUCCAUGCAUCACAGCUCACGGAAUCCUUUCGGAAUGCAGUGGAACGAAAGCUAGUGGCCAUCGGGACCAUGGGGAACGGCAUGACAAGCUAUGCCCAGGCCACAGGCGCCGAGUUUCCCUUUGUAACUAUCCCUGAUUUUGCAGUUAGGGCAUCUGACAUUCGUGUCCUGGCGGAUGCUCUAAUCAUGGUAUGGUGUCCUUUCGUUACAGAUCAAAACAGGCUCAAGUGGGAAGAGUAUGCUUUCAUGAAUCGCUUCCAAGUCAACAAAGACUUUGCCCAGGACAACACAUAUAGGCAGGAACAAGAUGACUACUUUGAUAGCCUGGUUUACGGACCCAACAGCACUAUGGCCGGCCAUGAUGGCGACAACCGUCGCAAUCGCGGACUCCAGGAGCAAGAAGAGGAGGAAGACCCCAAUAUGCUAAAGGAUGGAACGGGAUAUCACCUCAGAAUCUGGCACCCCAUGACUGACGAGGUAGAACCAAAUGGCACUGGCCCUUUUCUUCCUGGUUUCCAACGAAGCCCAGUUAACUUUCGAGUGCAGAAUGCUAUUAAUACUAACUAUGCCAAUGCCAGAGUGUUCCAAGGCAUUGAUAUUGCUGGAAGCCUUCUGGACUCGCAUCAAGUCAUCAUCAACAGAGCCCAGAUGAUUCAACCCAAGUUCUAUAAAGCCAUGACAGCAAACCUCCAAAUCAGCCAAUAUCGAGAAAAGAUCGAUACCUACCUCCAAGAUCCCUUGUCCUUCCUGGCUUACCCAGUGUUUGACAGCUUCAACACUACUACCAGAAAACUGGCAGGUGCCCUCAUCUCAAACCUUUACUGGCGCGUAUACUUUCAAAAUGUUCUACCUCCCAAUGCCCACGGCAUCAUUGCUGUUCUCUCUAACAGUUACAACCAGACUUUCUCUUAUCACAUCGAUGGCGGCAAUGCAACUUAUUUGGGAGACAAGGAUCUUCAUGAUCCACGCUACAAUGAAAUGGAGGUGUCUGUGGAUGUCUCUUCCUAUGUCCGCGAAAGAUCCAGCCCAGAGACACGCGCCUAUCGCACUGUCCCCCUUCAUGACACCAUGGGCCGUUACACCUUGAGAGUCUAUCCCACGGACAGCACAAAGGAAGCGUACACAACAAACAAACCUGCUGUGUAUACCGCUGUUGUUGCAUGCAUCUUUGCCGUAACAGCUUUGGUCUUUGUCUUGUUUGAUACAUGGGUAGAGAAACGACAACGGGUUGUCAUGAAACGAGCUGUGGAAUCAGGAGCAAUCGUGAAUGAACUUUUCCCAGAGGAAAUCCAGCACCGCAUGUAUGAAGGCGAUCAAGAUACCAACAACAAGAUGCCACGAAGCAGCUGGAAAGUAAACACAGAGCAAGAGCACGGGUUGCAAGCAGUCACGGUUGGGGAGGACAAGACCAACCUAGUGCCCAGCGGUGGUCAGAUUGCAGAUGAGUACAAGAAUUGUACCGUCAUCUUUAGUGAUCUGGCUGGCUUCACGGCAUGGUCCUCUUCUCGUAGUCCAAGUGAAGUCUUUGAAUUGCUUGAGACCAUCUACAAAGCCAUUGACAAUAUUGCGCUAAGACGCAAAGUUUUCAAAGUGGAAACCAUUGGAGAUUGCUGGCUUGGUGUCUGCGGGUUACCGCACCCCAACCCAAAGCAUGCCCUUGUUAUGGCUCGAUUUGCAGAUGACUGCCAGAAGAAGAUGCAAGAGCUUGUCGUGUCCCUCUCCAGGCACUUAGGUGCAGAUACAGAAACACUGAAGCUGAGGAUAGGCAUGCACAGUGGAUCAGUCACGGCUGGGGUGCUGCGCGGACAAAAGUCUCGUUUCCAGCUUUUUGGUGAUACAGUGAAUACUGCGAGUAGGAUGGAAUCAAAUGGCCAGCCAGGACGUAUUCAUGCUUCCAAAACCACAGCCGAUGAGCUGAUCGCAUCUGGCAAAAGAUCCUGGUUGAAGGCACGAGAAGACAAGGUUGUCGCUAAGGGCAAGGGAGAGCUGCAAACCUACUGGAUCGAACUAGGUUUGGACACAAAAUCUUGUCAUACUACUGUCUCGAGCCUGGACACACCUACACGUGACUCUUCCUAA